UGUUCGUUGCCUGGUGUUCAUUGAUAACUGAUCAAGCCGACAUUCCUGGUGCACGCGGAUUUUGAUGGUUAUUACAGUUGUUCGAAGUAUCCGGAAAUAUUCCGAACAUUUCAUUAUUUUCUUGCAUCGGAAUUCUCGAUAGCAGCCUAGCGAAAAUAAUCUCACUACUCAAUUCAGUGUUGAUGAUCGUGUCUUCGCCAACUCUUAGAUAGGGACUCACAGAGUCAGUUAUGCGGGAAAAUACUUUCAUCCAAUGGAAUACUGUGACUGUGUGUGGGAUGGCCCUUGUGGCCCUGCUGCUGCCCAGCCUGACGAAACAGACGUCUUACUAUGACGACUUCCGGUACAAAUGUGUCCCCUUCCAGGAAGCGUUUAUGUGCUCGGAGGCGCCAUACAACUCGACCUUCCUGCCGAACGCCUUCGGACACCAAAACCUUGGCGAUGUCCAGUCAGCACUUAACGAUUUUAUUCCGCUCAUGGUUAAAAACUGCUCAGAGAGUUUAAAGGAGUUUCUGUGUUUCGUGUUCGCGCCACCAUGUACGGUCCUGGAGAAGCCUAUACCGGUGUGCCGUUCGUUCUGUGAGGAGGCGGCGACCACAGCGUGCAUGGACAUACUCCGGGAAUAUAACCAGAAACCACAGGUCCUCCAGUGUGCCAACUACCCGCGGUCCGGGCUGUGUAUUGACCAGAAUAACACCAUCUCCCCCAAUGGCGACUCAGAGGAAGGGGAGACAACCGUCAGAACGUAUUAUCCGGAAAAGGAGAUCUAUUUUACGGACAAAAAUAACUUGGGAUCUAGAGAAGAAUCGGUGGCGGUUGACCUGUUUCUGUUGGUUACCUCCCAGAACAAAAUCCAGUUGCUGGACAUCCGUUCCCCUAACUCCAUGGACACCAUCACCCUAUAUCGCGGACUCUCUGAGGUUAUCGGGACGUCUGUGGACUACUACAUCCGGUCGCAGGAUGAGCGCUACAUCUACUGGGCCUCCAACACAGACGGUGCCAUCAUGAGGGCCGAGCUACACUACGACUCGUUGCGGAACAUCCGGUCGAUCUUAGACCUGAAGUCGGCGACCGUGGACUCUGUGGCGGUUGAUUGGCGGCUGGGAGUCCUCUUCUGGCUGGAGAGCUUCCCCCUGGCGCAACUACGGACCGCAAGUCUCAGCGGCCGCGGCGCCACCACCCUGCUCCAAAAUAUGCAGCACCCACUCAGCUUGACCAUGGACCCCAUUGAAGGGCGGCUGUUUUGGAUUGAGCGGCGCGGUUCCAUCCUGUCCCAGACAUCUACUCUAGAGUCAUACAGCUUGCAGAGCGACCGGAAGUUCCACGUGUAUAACAUGACGGCGACGCUGCCUGCAGGUGGCCGGCCACGAGCGCUCGUGGCGGAUGUGGAGGAGAAAAAACUGUACUGGGCGGACGCCAGGUCGCAGUCGCUGCACGUGAUCAACUACGACGGCACGGGCCACGUGCAAUUGCUUAGUGACCACGAGCACCUUGGCGACCCGGGAAGCCUCGCAGUGCAUGGGGACCACGUGCUGUGGACGGAUGUCAAUUCAAACUCUAUCGUAUGGGUGAACAAGGUGAGCGGACGUGACGAACUCGUGGUGAAGACAUUUGACGUCAGUCCGCCUCAGAACGUCAAGGUAUACGGCGCCAGGGACAAACACACAAAAACCUCCUACGAUAUUUCCAAACUUGACAAGAAAUGGAAGGACCUGACUUCCAAGGAGAGUCGAGAGCUGUAUGAAUACGAUGAUACAUACUACGACGAUGACGACGAGGACUACUUUACCAACCGACGACGGAAAAAGAAGCCUCAACCCAAGUCGUCGGCGGCGAGUUUAAAGUGUGGACAUUUGUGUAUAGUGACAUUGUUAAUGUUCUUCCUCAUUGUAGAUAUAGUUCCACUUUAGUUAUUUGCGUAGAAAAUUAGGAUAUUAUACAGUCGAAUCCCCUUGGCUCGAACUCCUAGGGACCGGUGAAUAUACCUCGAGCCUGGGAAACAUUGACCCAAGCGGGAAUGCUCACAUUUAAAGAUUUAAAGAUAUCUGUCGUUCACAUCCAGUUCGAGUCAAAAAGGAAUUCGAGCCAAGCGAGUUCGAGCCAACGGGGUCCAACUGUAUAGAAUUUGUAUAUAUACUCUCAUGAUUGUGGAAGAAAAUGCGCAGUUAAAUCUUCGUUCAAUUCAAUGUGUUAAUUAUUACUAUUCUGCUUUCAAUUUCAGGUAGUAAAUUUAUCAUGUUUGGUUUCUAAAUUCAGAAUAAUUUAUCACAAAUUCCGAUCUGAUUUUUUCUCUUUGAUUGGUUGGCAUCUUGCUGAAACGUUCACAAGAAUAACGAUCAUGGAAUUAGCAAAAACAAAAUUAUGCACUCUUAUUUCCAUACACACUGGCGGAUCCAGGAAGGGGGGUGCACCCGGCGCUCGUCCCCCUGAAAUCGUCCAAGUUUACUUUUUAUUUCAAUAAGGAGAGAAAUUAAUAAAAUACGCCCCAAAUGCUCCUUUUCGGACUUGAAAUCGGUAAAAUUUCUUGGAGGAGUACCCCUUAACACAACUACCAACACUUUAAACCAAAUUAAUUUCGGUUCUGAGGGAGGGGCGCAAUUAAAAAAUGUACGCCCGUAAGUUACGCACCCCUCUUUAUGUGCAAUCAUGGAGCCGCCCCUGAUACAGGAGUAUAAUUGAAGACAGCAGAUGUUCAUGUAAGGUUCAAGAGAAUAAGAGUGGUGUUAACGUAUAUAAUGAAUUAAUUUAAAUUUGCUAUAAGCAAGUUAUAUUACUUCUUUAUGGAAGAGAAAUGUAUUGAAGUUUAAAAUGGCAUGCAUGAUUGUUGUUCUAAUGAUUAUUGAAUAAACGUUUUUUAUAUUAACGAG